AUGUCGUUCAAAGGUUUCAUUCGAUUGAGUACCCCAGGGAGAUACAUCGUAGAAUCUUGGCCCAUUUUACUUUACCUUCCUCGCUUUAUGCAAUGGUUCCGACAUGAAGCAGAGGAACGCCGAAAAGAGGAUACGGAAUUGUACAUGUCUCUUGUGAGCGAAGUUCGGAAACGCAUAGACUUAGGUGUUGCGGCGCCCUCAACCGCCAGACGCGCAUUGGAGAAACAGUCUGACUUCGGACUCAAUGACGUUGAAACAGCAUUUGCUCUUUCCGCGCCAUUUGCAGCUGGUGUUGGCACGACGCUGUCUGCUCUCAAUGUCUUCUUUUUGGCAAUGCUUCAUUUCCCUGGUGUAAUGCAUAACGCACAACAAGAAAUAGACGAUGUCGUUGGUUCAAGCCGGAUCCCAGACUUCGACUACAUAAACUCGCUUCCUUAUAUCAAGGCAGUGAUAUUGGAGACAUUGAGAUGGCGGCCUAUUGCCCCUAUAGGCGUUCCGCAUAGCGUCAUACAAGACGAUAUAUACCAAGCAGGAGAUGAUGAGCUUUUUAUCCCAAGUGGAAGCACAGUUUAUGCAAAUAUUCACUCUAUGAGUAAAGAUACUGAGGCCUUUCCAUCCCCCGAUGAGUUUCGACCAGAACGAUAUCUCGAAGCUGAAAGCUCAUCAUCCAACUCACCUCACACGACCUUUUUCUUUGGUUUUGGGCGUCGUAUAUGUCCCGGAAUGCAUGUUGCUCAGAAUUCGCUGUACGCUGUGAUUGUCAGGUAUGUUUGGAUAUACGGGCACGUCGAGGUUGCUAACGAAUUCAUCGCAAUCGAUUAG